AUGGCGGUGCCCCAGAGACUCCAGGAUCUCUGCGCCCUGCUCUACCGCGCAAUAACCCGCGCGGCCGUGGGGAACCUGCCGGUUCGCGCGCUGCUGCUGCUGGCGCUGGCGGUGGUGGUCUCGCUCGUUGUGUGGGCGGCGCCAUGGCCUGCCGCGACCCUCGACAUGCUCGCGUCUCCCAGCCCCACGUCCGCGGAGCUGUACGAGGCAUGGGCGCACCUCUUCGCGCUCGACUCACCCGUCCCGCCGCCCGCCAUCGCCAUGCCCGCAUCGCUCCCGCCCGCCCCCCACCUGGAGGACUGCGCCGUGCGCACUGCCUUGCGCCUCGCCUCCGAGCACACGGGGGCGCGACAGACGGCUGCAGGCAAUGGAGAAGAGGAGGAGAGGGGAGAGGGUGAAGCACCGGAGUGGGCACGGGCGUCUGCUGCGUGUGGCAAUGUGCCGCAACCCCCGUGGGUGAGGGGGGCGGAUGCGGCGAAUCUGGGGAGCACGCGGGAGGUGCAGAGGGACCUGUGGGCGCACCAGUUCCCGCCCGGGUCAUGUGAGGGCCGCCGCCUGCUGCUCGUGCACUGGCCGCACCUCCCCCUGCCACCCCAGGAUGACCACGGCAGCAGCAAUGCCAAUCGCAACCUCACUCAGAACAGCAGCCUUACUCAGGACAGCAGCAACAAUAGCAACAAUAGCAGCGGCAGCGGUGGCGAUAGCAGCAGCAGAGACGAAGAAAGCAGCAGCACGAGUGGCAGCAGCAGCAGCGGCGGUGAGAGCGGUUUUUGGAGUGUAACGAGUGCAUCGGUGGUGGCGGAGCAGCUGGCGGCCAUGGCAGGGGCGCUGAGUGUGGCGGUGAGCAGCCGGCGCGUGCUGGUGCCCAUGCCAGGCUCCUUCCUCCCCGCAAACCACCCCCAUUGCCACGCGGUGAACGAGUCGGGGUCGCUGCACUGCUACUUUGUCCGCUCCGUGUCGCCUGCCUGUGAGGCAGCAGCCAUGCAGCAGUACCGGUUAGCCGCCUCGCCCCCCUGCCGCCCGCUCGCCCAGCUCACCAGUGCUCUUGCCUCCAACGACUCCCUCGUCUGUGCGCUCGCCACCCUCCACCCCUCCUCUCGCCCCGACUCCGCUGCUGCUAGGGCGUGGGGCAAUGCAUACAAGCAGCGGCCUUACCUGGUGGAGGAGAGGGGCGUCAUGGUCAACGCCACUGAGGAGCACAUGCAGGCCUACUGGUGGCAGGCGCAGGCCCUGCGCUUCCUGCUGCGCUGGCCGUCGGCGCUGCUGUGCCACGCCACCAACCGCAUGCGCCACUCCGCAUACGGGCUGCAAGCCGCCGAGCAUUCGGCGGAGUACAUGAAAGAGCAGCGCGAGAUAGUCACUGCUCUCCGUUCCGACCCACCUGAUCCAAACCCUGGCGUUCAUUUGCGCGCAGAAGCUGCUAUCCUCACCACACGUGACUACACCAAACAUCCUAACCUGGAAACAGAAGUGUGGCCUGGGCUCGGGUAUGCGGGGUGUGGAUAUGCUUCAGAGACUGGGGGUGCAGGUGAGGAUCGAGGAGGACGUGAAGCGGAGAAAGUGGGAGGUACAGGCGGAGGUGGAUGGACUAUUGGGAGCUGGACUAUUGGCGGAUGGAGCAUUGCGUCGUGGGGCAUUGGAGCAGCGGAUGAGGAGGAUGUGGUGGAGGAGAAGCCGGCGCCGCUGCUCAUGUACGAGAGGGUGGGCAGGGAGGUGGCCAUGCCGCGCCCCGUGGUCAGCAUGCAUGUGGAACAUCAGGCACCAGGUCAUGCAGGCGCCUCGGCGGAUGUGUUGCUGCCGCUGCUCUCGCUGGCGUACCGCCUGCGCCAGCACGACCCCACGCUCCAAUUCGCCUGGCUCUCCGCAGAUGACCUG